AGAAUGCCCCUCUUGUGACAGCAGCAAUGUCUGCUGAUUUUACAGAGGAUGCUGCUGCUGCUCCAAAGAAGAAGAAGAAGGACUUGGGCAGCUUCUUCAAGGUCACCACAGACAAAGCUGCUGGACCUCCUCUGCAACAGGACCAGGCCAUAACUUUUGAGCUACAGUCGUACCUGCAGACAGAAACACUGGAUGCUGAGGAAGACCCACUGAAGUGGUGGAAGGAAUCUCAGAGAAUCUACCCACGGCUUUCCAACCUGGCAAGGAAAUAUCUUUGUAUUCCAGCCACAAGUUCUUCAUCAGAGCGAGUCUUUAGCACUGGCGGAAAUAUUGUCUCCUGCUUGCGUUCAUCACUGAAACCAGAUUAUGUGAAUGGGCUGGUGUUUCUGGCUAAAAACCUUUAAGGUUUAUAUCUGUAACCCUACCAGCAUUUUGGCCAUGUUGAAACAUAUUUACUUAGGCUAUAGUUGAAGUUCAACUUAUUUUCUGUUAGUUCUAAGCCAUGGUAUGCCAAUCUUAAAAUAUUAUUGGACUGAG